AGCCUGGAGUUGUCGCCUGAACCAGAUAGCCCCUGUAUGACCUAUACCGAAUUCAUCGGAAGAAUCUAUGGCUGUGUGCACAGGACUGAGCCAAUGGAUGAAUGACCAUUGGAUCAUAGUGAUCAGUGACUGUGUGUCCUAGCACAAGCUGCUGUGAGCGACGAGUGUCGUAACGGUAAUAUUGUGCUUUAUUUCAGUGCUGAGGAGAGGCAUGUUGUUCGGAAAGAAGUUCGUGGCAGGUCCGCACCGUCGAUCACAUCCGCAUCCGACGGUCACGACGACUGGAUUGCCUCGGCCAGAGGCGACGGCUGCUAACGCAGCUGAGCUCGCAGGGCUGGCAUGCGACAAUAGCGAGCGAUCGGUACCGGAAGAUCACGGCCAUCCGCGACAUAGACAUUCUCAUGAUCCGCAUAGUGCACAAUCAGGUGCGGAACGAAAUGCUCGUUCCCCAGAUGCUCGGAGCCCUGGUUAUACCGACGGGUCCGGUCGCAACGCAAGCGUUUCCCCUGAUGGAAAGAGUCCAUACAGUACGCAAGGAACACGCAACGUUAUCGGGACUGCUAGUAAAGCGUCUGCUGCAAAAUCCCCUAUUUCUAAGAGUGGGACUGCUUAUAUCGCGGGUGGAGACGGUGGUGGGGGGAGAUCGCGAUGGCAUGUCUGCUCCUGCUGUCCGCGUUUAAACAGAGACCAAGGGUCCGCGAUAGUUGUGCUUAUAACGGGGCUGGCUCUAGUGGGCCUUCUAGCAGGUUUGGACUUGUGGAUAGAAAUUAAGAAGCUGAAAGGAGAGAUAGGUGCACUAGGAGAUGAGGGAAGAGGGGAAGGAAGGGAUAGGGGGGAGGGGGGAGGAGGAGCCAAAGCAAGGCAGAGAGUAUGCGAGCUCCCUCCGGGGGUAUUCAAAUCGGCGGAGAGGGAUUUGUUAGGGCGCAUUCCGGAAUACCCCAAGCUACAGGAGGCUCUGAAGAAGCCAGGAGCCAGACAGUACGUGAAGCUGAUUCACAAAUACCUGGAGCCAUGGCGACCAAUUGCGAACAUCAGCACUGGUUUGGGGCACCGAGGCUUUGUGACGCCCGAGGCUCUCAAAUUCAUCAGUGUUUCACCGAACCUCAUGUCCUGCUCCGGCCACGUCAAGGUGAUUGAUGGCAAAGUGUACUUUCGUUACGGUGGCUUCUGGAAUCGUUACUACCGCCUGGGGAGAUUCCUCCAAACGAUCAAGAUGCUGCAGGACGCAGUAACACAGUACCGCCUGACCACCCUUCGCCUCGAGCUCUUCCUCAACACCUGCGACCACCCCAUGUCGUUCCACAGCUCGCACUGGCCCCAAAGGGGCGGACUUCCCUUCAUGAGCACGGGCUUCACAGCUGACACCAUCGACAUCCCCGUGCCUGAUCCCCUCGACCUCACUGGGCCCUACACUCCUGACCUCUCCAGUCAGAUUCCUUGGGAAAAGAAGGAAGCACGGGCGGUUUUCCGUGGAAAGACCACCAACUACGAGCUCCUAGCACAGGGCAACUGGGGGGCGAAUCCCAGAAUACGCCUACACCUGAUGUCGCCCGCUGCGCCCCACCUGAUGGAUGCACGGGUCAACGCGUGGUCCAAGGUGGAGCAGGACGUGGUGAAGAGGAUGGUGAAGGAUGGCGUUCGGCUCGCCAAGAAGAUGAACUUCCAGCAGUUCAACGCUUUCAAGUACCAGAUAGUGGCGGAUGGAGGGGGGGCAGCUGCCGCACCUGUGGCGUUCUGCGCUCAAACCAGCUCAUCAUUCGCCAGCAGACUCCCAUGCUGCAGUUUUACGAGCCUCUGCUGCAGGACCGGGUGCACUGGCUCGUCACGUCCCGAACCUUCUCUGACCUAGAUGAGGCGAUCAUCUGGGCUCAGUCCCAUGACAAGGCGGUGCUACGAAUGGUCGAAGCCGCGAAUCGAUUCGCGGAUUUCGCGUGUACGUGGCAUGGGCGCAUGCUGUACUGGGCGCUGCUGCUGGUGAAGUACCAGGACGUGCUGUCAGAUCCACAAGCCGUGACCAAACCCAGCCAACUAUGCACCAAACCCAUUGUGGCAGCAACAGGGGUGGAGAAGGACCCAGCGUCUGUCUCAUGCCGCGACCCUGACAGCGAGAAGGCACAGCCGCAGUGUGCCUUCUUCUGUGGUGGGGGGGUCCUUUCCCCUGAGGCCUUCAAGUGGUUACCAGCCGAGACGCUUGACACACUGGAGAGAGUUGGACCUCCGUAACAUGUAACUUGCUUGGUGCCCAUUGUUAUGUUGCGUGAUUUUAUCGAGCUUGGGUACAAGCAUACACAUUCUCGGAAAACAGAAGAUGCCAUCGUCAACAGUAACCCG